AUGUCUAACCGUCUUCAACAAGUCUCUGGACACCUCUCAAACACGCACGGACGCGGCUUGCUUGCUGGAGAGGUUGCCAUCGUCACUGGUGACUUCGAAAUGACGUUUGCCCACCAGGGCAUUGGCCGAAGUGUAGCCCUCCUCUUCGCAAAGGAAGGCGCUAAGGUGGUCAUCAGCGAUAUUGACGCGAAGCGUUUGGAGACUGUUGAGGCCGAGAUCAAGGCUGCCGGAGGCGACGCCUUGUCGGUCGCUGGCGACGUCGGUGCUGACGACUUCCCAAAAAAGAUCGUGGACGCUACCGGCUUUAGCAAAUACGGAAAAAUCAACCACAUUGUAAACAAUGCUGGCUUCACGUUUGAUAAGAUGCUACAUACGACACCAGACGAUGCGUUUGACAUUAUCAUGAAGAUCCAUGUCCGCGCUCCAUUCCGUCUUGUCCGUCAAGCCGCUCCCUAUUUCCGUCUCAAGGUAUGCUAGAACCGCUCCAUCAUCAAUGUAUCUUCCACCUCUGGUCUUCAUGGCAACGUCGGUCAAGCCAACUACGCCGCGGCCAAAGCCGCCGUCCUCGGUCUUACCAAGACCAUCGCGAAGGAAUGGGGACCAUUCGGCGUCCGCGCUAACACUGUUGCGUUUGGUCUGAUCCAUACGCGAUUGACGGCGUCCAAGGAAGCUGGUGCGUCGAUCGAGAUAGAUGGCAAGAAGGUUGCCCUCGGUGUUCCAGGUGCACAACAUCCAGAAUCAUACCCCCAAAUUCCUCUACGCCGCGGGGGUACAGCCGAUGACGCUGCUGGUUCAGUCCUCUUCCUCGCGUCUCCUCUGGCCUCAUAUGUCUCCGGACACACAUUAGAGGUCACUGGUGGUGCUGGUAUUUAA